UGCUCAGAUAUCGUUCGGCUUGCAUCUAUCUGUACGCUGAAAGUUUCGUUAGUAGCUCCAUCAUGCCACCGAAAGCUAGUGGAAAGGCCGUUAAGAAGGCGGGUAAAGCUCAGAAGAACAUCAGCAAAACUGACAAAAAAAAGAAGAGGAAGAGGAAGGAAAGCUAUGCCAUUUACAUUUACAAAGUGUUGAAGCAAGUACAUCCUGAUACUGGAAUUUCCAGCAAAGCUAUGAGCAUCAUGAACAGCUUUGUAAAUGAUGUGUUUGAACGAAUUGCUGCGGAAGCCUCAAGAUUGGCGCAUUACAACAAAAGAUCGACGAUCACUUCUCGUGAGAUACAAACUGCGGUGAGGCUUCUUUUGCCUGGAGAAUUGGCUAAGCACGCGGUCAGUGAGGGAACAAAAGCAGUGACCAAGUACACUAGCUCCAAGUGAAGCAACAUUUGAUACACAUUUUAUACACAUACACAUCGGCCCUUUUCAGGGCCAA